UCCAUUUUUACCAAAGCAUUUGGCGGAGAGGUUUGCUCCUUUUCCGUCCUUGCACGCGUCUUGCAGAAGAGUGUUUGAUUAUAAGUUCUUAAUGGUAGGAAAGUAUCGGGCAGUAUCAGAUUGAGAACGAUUAUGAUGCAUGAUUAUCACAGAAGAAAUUCAUGUCUAUAGCUUUUAAGGACUUGAUUACAUCAUUUCAAGCCUGAUAGUUUUGGAAUCACCAUUAGAGCUUAAGACACCUCUGCCUUCACUUCAACCACCCGUCUUCAUACCUUGAGGAAGUACUGAGUUUUAACACUCCUUUGUCCUUGGAUUAUUUAAGACAUCUCAGAAAAACAUUUCUCACCAGUUCAGUAGCCAGAUUUAUAAGGAAAAAUGAUACCCAAUGGAUAUUUAAUGUUUGAAGACGAAAAUUUUAUUGAGUCUUCUGUUGCCAAAUUAAAUGCCCUGAGGAAAAGUGGCCAGUUCUGUGAUGUUCGACUUCAGGUCUGUGGCCAUGAGAUGUUAGCACACAGAGCAGUUCUGGCUUGCUGCAGUCCCUAUUUAUUUGAGAUCUUUAAUAGUGAUAGUGAUCCUCAUGGAAUUUCCCAUGUUAAAUUUGAUGAUCUCAAUCCAGAAGCUGUUGAAGUCUUACUGAAUUAUGCCUACACUGCUCAGUUGAAAGCCGAUAAGGAAUUAGUGAAAGAUGUUUAUUCUGCAGCAAAAAAGCUGAAGAUGGACCGAGUAAAGCAGGUUUGUGGUGAUUAUCUACUAUCUAGAAUGGAUGUUACAAGCUGCAUCUCUUACCGAAAUUUUGCAAGUUGUAUGGGAGACAACCGUUUGUUGAAUAAAGUUGAUGCUUACAUUCAGGAGCAUUUGUUACAAAUUUCAGAAGAGGAAGAGUUUCUUAAACUUCCACGGCUAAAGUUGGAGGUAAUGCUUGAAGAUAAUGUUUGCUUGCCCAGCAAUGGCAAAUUGUAUACAAAGGUAAUCAACUGGGUGCAGCGUAGCAUCUGGGAGAAUGGAGACAGUCUGGAAGAGCUGAUGGAAGAGGUUCAAACCUUGUACUACUCAGCUGAUCACAAGCUGCUUGAUGGGAACCUACUAGAUGGACAGGCUGAGGUGUUUGGCAGUGAUGAUGACCACAUUCAGUUUGUGCAGAAAAAGCCACCACGUGAGAAUGGCCAUAAGCCGAUAAGUAGCAGCACCGGAUGUCUCUCUUCUCCAAAUGCUACAGUACAAAGCCCUAAGCAUGAGUGGAAAAUCGUUGCUUCGGAAAAGACUUCAAAUAACACUUACUUGUGCCUGGCUGUGCUGGAUGGUAUAUUCUGUGUAAUUUUCCUUCAUGGGCGAAACAGCCCACAGAGCUCGCCAACAAGUACUCCAAAACUAAUUAAAAGUUUAAGCUUUGAGAUGCAACCAGAUGAGCUGAUUGAGAAGCCCAUGUCUCCCAUGCAGUAUGCACGGUCUGGUCUGGGGACAGCAGAGAUGAAUGGCAAGCUCAUUGCAGCAGGUGGCUAUAACAGAGAGGAAUGUCUGCGAACAGUUGAAUGCUAUGAUCCACGUACAGAUCACUGGUCCUUUCUUGCUCCCAUGAGAACACCAAGAGCUCGAUUUCAAAUGGCUGUACUCAUGGGCCAGCUCUAUGUGGUGGGUGGAUCAAAUGGCCAUUCAGAUGACCUGAGUUGUGGAGAGAUGUAUGAUCCAACCAUAGAUGAUUGGACUCCUGUUCCAGAAUUGAGAACUAACCGUUGUAAUGCAGGAGUAUGCGCUCUGAAUGGGAAAUUAUACAUUGUUGGUGGCUCUGAUCCAUAUGGUCAAAAAGGACUGAAAAACUGUGAUGUAUUUGAUCCUGUAACAAAGUCGUGGACAAGCUGUGCUCCUCUUAACAUUCGUAGACACCAGUCUGCAGUCUGUGAGCUUGGUGGUUAUUUGUACAUAAUUGGAGGUGCAGAGUCUUGGAAUUGUCUGAACACAGUAGAACGUUACAAUCCUGAAAAUAACACCUGGACUUUAAUUGCACCCAUGAACGUGGCUAGGCGAGGAGCUGGCGUAGCUGUUCUUGAUGGAAAAUUGUUUGUAGGUGGUGGCUUUGAUGGUUCUCAUGCCAUCAGCUGUGUGGAGAUGUAUGACCCAGCUAGAAAUGAAUGGAAGAUGAUGGGAAACAUGACUUCACCACGGAGCAACGCAGGGAUUACAACUGUAGGGAGCACCAUUUAUGCGGUGGGAGGCUUUGAUGGCAAUGAAUUUCUGAAUACGGUGGAAGUCUAUAACUUUGAGUCAAAUGAGUGGAGCCCCUAUACAAAGAUUUUCCAGCUUUAACAAAUUUAAGACCCUUUCAAACUAACAGGCUUAGUGAUGUAAUUGUGUUUAGUAGAGGUACACUUGUGAAUAAGGAGGGUGGGUGGGUAUAGAUGUUGCUAACAGCAACACAAAGCUUUUGCAUAUUGCAUAUUAUUAAACAUGCUGUACAUACUUUUGUGUUUAUUGGGAAAGGAAUGCAAAGAUGAAGGUCUGUUUUGUGUAUUUUUAGGAGUACUUUGGUUAUUUUACUUUUUGGAAGUUGAUAUUGUAAAAGAAUAAACCAAGACUUGAUUGGGCAUGUCAUUUCAAGAAGUCCCCUCUCCUCCACAUUUGUUUUGCCAAUUUGCACAUUAAAUGACACUUCCUUCAAACAUGUAUUAUGGGGCAAGAGGGGUAAGGCUUAAGAUUGAGGCAGUUGGGUUUUUUAAGGGCCCUUUUUCAAUAACUGGAACACUAUACAAAAGAGACUUAUUUAACUAGAUGACAAUGACUAUUUUUGUUUUUAUUAAAAGAAAGCUGACAUGCCUACCAAGAUUUAAUCUUUUAUGAUUGCCUUUUUAUAACUUUUUAUAUUCUCAGCACAGUGCUUUACCUAUUGAAGAUAUGGCAGAUUCAGAUUACUGAAGCAGACUGGCAGUCUUAAAGGAUUCAGAGUGAGGGGUUUCUGUUGUACACUCAGAAUGCAAACUUCAAAGCUUUUGCCUCAGUUACUUUUUUUGUUUUUGAGAAUGCAGUACUGAUGUUUAUUUGAAUGGAGUUGCUGAACAGUAACAUAGCUGUGAUUUUUAUUUGAAACACUGAUUUCACAUAUUUCGACAACUUGAGGGUAUAUUUUAUAUAGCAGGACACUUAAUAUAUAAGAACGGUGAAGUACUUUAUUUUCUAAAUAAUUCCUGUCUGUAUUUAUCAUUAACAAAAUAAUCCUAGAUAGUAGCCCUCGGUUGUCAAAAAAAUUAAACUGUAUUGGGUUUAAGAAUUCAGCCUUUAUCAGAACUAUGUUUUUGUUCAGUUUUUCUAUUCACAUGGAUAAAUACUGGUUGGGGUGACUUUUAUCGAAUGUGUAGUGCUACACACAUAACUGAUGGUGCCAAAAUUAGCACAUCCUAAUGCUUGCGGCCGAUACAAACGUAUUAAAGGUACUUUGCAGGAAAUCCUUGCACCAUGGAAUUAAUAUCCAGAUGUUGUUUGUGUACUCAUUCAUUACUAGAAGUCUUGGGGACUAUUUUUUUUUCCAGUAAUGAUGAGUUUAAAGUAUUUAUGGGAAAACAGUUACCUUAUGUGUCUGAAAUAAGAACUGAUGGUAAGAUUUUUUUUCUCAAAGAAGAUGAAGAAGCCCACAGGAAUCUAAUGAGCCAACUAGGACAAGAUCAUCAGUGGCUGACUUGGGUUAGGAAGAAAAUUGCCCACUGGUACUCUGACACCUUGUUUUUCUCAUUUAUUCCACAAAGAACCAUCAUGAAAGUUAACUUGGUAGCAGUAUAUUUAUUGCUGACUAUAUUGCUGGUUUGGUUAGAGACUAAAACUACGUUGGCAGAUUUGAA